AUGGUGCUGCGAUUAACAACAUGGAACGUAAACGGGAUAAGGAACCCGUUUUCAUACGAACCAUGGAGGGGAAACCGGACGUUUGGAACAAUGUUUGAUAUCCUGGAGGCAGAUAUUGUGGUUUUCCAGGAAGCAAAGAUCCAACGGAAAGAUUUGCAAGACGAUAUGGUUCUUGUGUCAGGUUGGGACUGCUAUUUUAGUCUCCCAAGGCAAAAGAAAGGCUAUUCCGGGGUUGUAAUAUAUACCCGCAGUUCGAAGUGUUCUGCUAUCCGGGCUGAAGAAGGUGUAACAGGCGCACUCUGUCCACCAAGCUCCAAAACCCCCUUUCGCCAGUUAUCUGCUUCUGAGCAGAUUGGCGGCUAUCCCUCUAUUGAACAGAUGGAGGAGUUAUCCGAAGUAGACCCUAUUAUUGUCGAUUCUGAAGGGCGAUGUUUGAUCCUCGAGUUUCCUGCUUUCGUGUUGAUAGGAGUUUACUGCCCUGCGGAUCGAGACGAAACCCGAGACGAUUUUAGGCUUGGUUUUUUUAAUUUACUUGAAGUCCGAGUGAGAAACCUUGUCAAGAUGGGAAAGCGAGUCAUUUUGGCAGGUGAUCUCAAUACCUGUGCCGGCCCCAUUGACUCAGCUCCAGCUCUAGAAAGGAUUAGAAAAGGCACUGAAACUGAAGAAGAGUACCUAUCUUAUCCUGCUAGACUCAUUUUCAAUAGGCUGGUGCGGCCUGUGGGCUCAACCGCGGAUACACAUGAUACCGAGACACCCCCCGUUCUGCGAGACCUCUGUAGGGAAUUUCACCCUGGCCGGACUGGUAUGUAUACAUGCUGGAACCAAAAGGUAAAUGCUCGACCAGGCAACUAUGGAUCCAGGAUCGAUUAUAUUCUGUGUAGUGACAAUAUCAGGUCCUGGUUUGUUGAGUCUAACAUUCAAGAGGGGCUCAUGGGCUCGGACCAUUGUCCUGUUUAUGCAUCUAUAAGUGAUAGGGUCCACCUUGACGGGAAGGAUGUUCACAUUUUGGACAUCAUGAAUCCCAAGGGAACAUUCGAAGACGGGGUAGAACAGCCUCGCUCCAACAAGAUAACCCCUUUAGCACUAUCAGGAAAAUUGAUACCAGAGUUUGACCGCCGAAGAAAUAUCAAGGAUAUGUUCCGAAAUCAUUCCCUGUCUCGGAACAAUAGCGAAGUAAAGGUGUCAACGACAACUGAUACUCAGACUGGAUCGGAAAUUCCUGGACCGGCCUCGCAGACCAAGAGUACCCUAGAAACGAAAGGUGCACCAGUGACAAUAAACCCUCCUCCCAAGAGAUCACACAGCAAAGGAGCUCAGGCUCCCCCAUCUAAGAGACUAAAACCAAAGGGCCGACCAGCUGGCGCUCGAAGCAAUGGUCAACAAACUCUUGCUGGGUUUUUCAAGUCCGAAAGGACCAGUCGUGCCGUCAGCGAGGAGAAUGCUACGGCUUCUAGUGACUCGCCACAGGAAGCCCCAGCUGAAGUCAAAAUAACUCCCGCCAGUGACUUGGCAUCUACGGCGGAGAAAAAUGAUCCAGUUCCAACUGGAGUGAUGGCCUCACCCGACAAUUCAGUUGUUCCUUCAUGUAGCCCAACGGAAUCGUGGUCAAAGGUUUUUACAAGGAAGCCAGUUCCAAAGUGUGAGGGCCACCAUGAGGAUUGCAUCUCUCUUGUCACCAAAAAACCAGGAAUAAAUUGUGGACGAUCAUUUUGGAUAUGUCCGAGGCCGCUUGGUCCGAGUGGUGAUAAAGAGUCGGGAACUCCAUGGCGUUGUCCAACUUUCAUUUGGAGCAGUGAUUGGAGGUCAAGCUGA